AUGACCAUUUUCGACCCAUCCUGUCCUGCGGCCGCGAUUCCCGCUCCGGGAUCGCCGCCGUCGGGCUGCUCCCGGUGGAAGUACUUAGUUUUCGGGGACUGCGUGUGCUCCGCGCGCGACGCGGCGUCGCUCUACUUAGGUCUUUUUAGUAUCGCGUGCUGGGCAGUGGCGGAGGUCCCACAGGUGAUCGCCAACUGUCAGGCGUCGCGCAGCGGCGUGGAGCUUGAGGAGGUGCCUCUCGCGCUGGUGCUGACGUGGAUCGUGGGCACAACGCUCGUGCUCGUGCUGCAGCACGUGCUCGCAGCAUGUAGCAGGAAGAGGCCACCUCAUUUCCCUGCUCCCUCUCCCACUUCUCAAUCCUCCCCCCAUUCCGUCUCGCAGCUCUACACAAGCACCACGUCUCUACACAAGCACCACGCUCGUGCUGGUGCUGCAGCACGUGCUCUCAGCAUGCAGCAGGAAGAAGCAGCAGCGGCGAGAAACGCUCUUUCCCCCUCCUCCCAUCCCACUAAACCCUCCACUACCCCCUCCACUCCCUCCUCCCCCCGUAUUGUCACUGUCACAGCUCUACACAAGCACAACACUCGUGCUAGUGCUGCAGCACGUGCUCUCAGCGUGCAGCAGGAAGAGGCGGCGGCGGCGGCGGGAGAGGAAAGCUCUCUACACAAGCACAACGCUCGUGCUAGUGCUGCAGCACGUGCUCUCAGCAUGCAGCAGGAAGGGGCAGCAGCGGCGGCGGGAGAGGAGAGGCAGGAGACUCGCAGCCCCUAA